GCUAACCUUUCCCUUCUUAGAGAAAUCUGUCUGACCCCUCCUUAAGUCUUCAGGUCCCACAUCACCAUUUAAAAUGGAUAUCGACAUCGAGUGCCAGGAGUUGAGUGGGUCCAGGUGGACUGAGCUUGUUUCUUCCAUGAAAGAUUGCAAAGCCAUCAGGCUGGAUUACUGCAAGCUCUCCAGGAGUCAUUGUGAAGAUCUUUGCUCUGUCCUCAGUACAAACCAGUCCCUGAAAGAGCUGAAGUUGGAUCAUAAUGAGCUCAAGGAUGAGGGUGUGGAAGUACUGUGUAAAGGGCUGCUGACACCAAGCUGUAACUUGGAGUUGCUGUGGCUGGACAACUGCAACCUAACAGGUGCCUGCUGUGAGAUUCUCCGCUCUGUUCUCAGUGCAAAACCGUCUCUGACAGACCUGCACCUAGGCAGGAACAAGCUAGAAACCUCUGGAGGAAAAGUGCUCUGGCAAGGGUUGCUGGAUCCCAACUGCAAGGUACAGAGUCUCAUGAUGAGGUCUUGUGAGCUCAGAGGGGAUAAUGCUGAGAUGCUUACAUCCAUUCUGAGCAAGGCCACCCUGAAGAAACUGGACAUAAGUAACAAUAAACUGGGAGAUGCAGCAAUAAAACAGCUGUGCCAGGGACUGAUGAAUCCAAACUCUAACUUGCAGUUACUACAUCUGGAGAACUGUGACACAACAGCUGACAGCUGUGGGGACCUAGCCACAGUUCUCAGUACAAAGCCUCUUUUGUUACAUCUGGCUGUGGGUGAAAACAAUAUUGGAGAUGCAGGCCUCACUCUGCUGUGCAAGGGACUGGUGCAUCCCAACUGCAAUAUACAGAAGUUGUGUCUGGAGAACUGUGGCAUGACGGCUGAUAGCUGUGGGGACCUGGCCACUGUUCUCAAUACAAAACCUUCUCUGCUAGAUUUGGCUUUGGAUAACAAUAAUAUUGGAGAUGUAGGCCUAGGUCUGUUGUGCAAGGGACUGAUACAUCCCAACUGCAAUAUACAGAAGCUGUGGUUAUGGGAAUGUCAUUUCACAGCUGUAGGUUGUAAGGAUCUUGCCAAUGUCAUUGGUACAAAAGAGUCCCUCAGAUGAAUGAGCCUGACUUUGAAUGAGCUGGGAGAUGCAGGAAUGGAAAUGCUGUGCCAAGGACUGAAGGACCCAAAAUGCAAACUCCAGUUUCUGUCGCUAAAAGAGUGUGGCCUCACCAGUGCCUGUUGUGAGAGCCUCCGCUCCAUUCUCAGCACAAAACAGUCCUUGAAACACCUGGAAAUAGGCUCAAACAGGCUAAAAGAUGAAGGAGCAAAACUGAUCUGUGAGGGACUGCUGGACACUAACUGCAAUUUGGAGACCAUAUGGUGGGGGGACAGCGAGCUCACCGCUGCUUGUUGUGACAGUCUUGCUGCUGUCAUCAGUACCAAGCAGUGCCUUAGAUACCUGGGGCUGGAUGUUAACAGGCUGGAGAAUGAAGGUGUAAGGAAGCUAUGCGAAGCUGUGAGAAGCCCCAACUGCAAACUGAAGUACCUAAUGUUGUAUGACAUCUACUGGAGUUCUGAAGUGGAGGCUGAAUUGCGAGCCCUGGAGGAAUCCAAGCCUGGACUGAAGAUAAUUUUCUGAGUCCACUCUUUGUGCCCAACUGCCCCCUUCAUCUGAACUGUUUUCCUUGAAAGAUAGUCAAUGAAUCACCUCUAGAAUAUACUUUUACCAAAAAAAUGGAAUUUUUGUGGAACAAGUUGUUUCCCAGUUCUCUGGAGAAACAUCAUGUGUACUCCUGGACAUAUCAAGCCUGAGGCUUGCUGCAGCUUCAGAGUUUCAUCACAGCAUUUCCAUUCCCAUAGCAUUGCCUGGACAUGAUCUUUACCCUCUUGCAACAUUUUAAUUAUAACAAUGAUUGCUAAUAUGCUAGCCUGGCUUUCUAGAAUGGCUCUUCACUGUUGGACU